GCAAAGGCACAAAACACAAGGGAAUGGUAUAAAUAUUAGAAACCUUCAAACGUUUGUACAUUGGGGAAGUUAGCAAGCAAAUUACAGUGUGACGAAGGGAUUUUCCGGGCUUCUAUUUAUCGGAAAUGGCUUUAAAACUCGUGCGUACUCCGUUGAUGGCAAGCGGGAAAUGACGAUAGAUGAGUUCAAAAGAUGGUUAAAGAAAUUCGAUGAUGAUAAAGAUGGCAGGAUUAGCAGAGACGAGCUUGCCGAUGCUAUACGAGUCUCCAAUGGUGGAUGGUUCACUAGGAGGAAGAGCAAGCGUAUAAUCAGAUCGGUGGAUGCCAAUGGUAGUGGCUUCAUUGAUGAUAAUGAGAUCAAAAACCCUGCGGAAUUUGCAGAGAAACACUUGAAUGUGAGAAUUUUGCAUUUGUAAAGCGUUC